UCGAAAACAGACGCCAGUGUCAUUUAAAGUGCAAGUCAUUCUCUGCCACAAAGUUUCAGCUGUCGCUCUCUCGUACAGUCGUCCUUUUUAAAACUCCAUCUGCAAUGCUCCUCUUCAUACGGGGAAUAAUUUUCUUUUUCCUGGUUGGGUUUGUUUAUUCAAAUUCAAACCGUGCCAUCAAAAGUAUUAUUAAAAAUGAGGAACAAGUUAGGGCAGCAGUUAGCGGUGGAGUCUUAGCUGCCUCUGGUGACUUUCCAUACGUGGUAUUUUUAAGCUUGACAAAUGGCAUGUUUGUUAGUGGUGGAACCCUGAUUGGAUCUUCUCAUAUCUUGACAUCAGCCCAAAGCUUAUUAACUGGGUCAGCCAAUUUUAUGAGCAUGUUACGCGUAACUUUUAACUCGCUAUCAACCUUCGGUGGAGCUAAUGCAUUUCUUCUUCCAGUGAGCAAAAUAGUCAUUCAUGAACUAUUCAACGCAACGACAUUGGACAAUAAUUUGGCUUUGGUAGUGUUGAGUUCGCCUGUUACAAAUCUUACGUUCGCUUCUCUUCCAGUAUUGGUAACAUCAACAACAACAAAAACUCAAACCACAACACAAACUUUAACAACUAAAACUCCAACAACAACUAAAAUUCAAACAACAAAAAAAAUUCCAACAACUAAAACUCCAACAAAAAAAAUUCCAUCAACAAUAAAAACUUCAACAAAAGCUCUGACAACAAUCAAGGCUGUCACUACAACUAAAAAUGUUCCAACAACAAUAAAGACUACAACGAAGUUUACGACGACGAAGCCAACACCAACAACAGCAAAGGCAACAACAAAACUGAUGUUGUCUCAAAAGCCCGUGGGGAAAGUUUCAUUAGGGUUCAACAGUUACGCCAAUUUGUCGGCCGUCAUUGCUGGAUGGGGAAGAAUUACUCCUGGAGGGAAGACUUCACCGCUGCUACUGAAAAAAGUCAAUGCCACUAUUCAAGACAAUCAGAUCUGCACCAGCUACUAUGGGAACAACACUUUCUUCGGCACCAACAUGCUGUGUGCAACUUCUCCUGUUGCAUGUCUCGAUGACACUGGCAGCCCUAUUAUCAUCGAUGGCGUUCAAGUUGGCAUCACCAUGUGGGGCACUAUGUGCAGUGGAGCUACUGCUUAUUCAGGGAUUUACACCCGGGUCACCACUUAUCUCGACUGGAUUGAAAACGCUCUGAUCAAUAACCCCGGCCCAGUAGUAGGUUAAACCACAGUACAUGGUCUUUAUCUGAAAUUUAAUUUUGGGUUUAUAAGAUUUGUAUUUAAAUGUUUCUGUAUUUCUGAGGUGUUGGGUAAAAACCUUUAGUAUUUUUUAAAGAAUACACGUGAAGCAUCUGGA